UGGCAGCGGAGCGCGGCAACUGCGGGGCGAAAAGUCGCGCGCGCGUUUAGUCGCUCGGCAGACGCGGAACGGAGCAUCGGAGCAUCCAAGCCCUAUAUAUAGUUGUUUUGGAGUCAGGCGCGUACGUAAACAAAACCACAUCAAAGCGCAUCGCAAAUGACAUCGAGGAUAGCCUCAGCAAGCCUCAUCUCGCCGAGAUAGUAUUCGCAGUGGCUGGCCGUAAUAUACAUUUUUGGCGGGAAUACGAAGUUCGCAUCUCCCGAGCGAAGCACUCACGCACGCAGCACAGCCACACUCACACGCAGAGAGAAGAGUGAGCAGCAGCAACAGCCACGAAGAGAGGCUUUGAUACAAAGGGGGAGAACGGCCGGAGAGUUCUUCGUUCGUAUAGUAGUCGUAGUAGUAAUAGCAUAUAGAAAGGGUCUACUGCUGCUGCUGUUGCCUGCAUAUUAUAUAGCCCGAGAGAUACGAACGAGGUAUAUAGUGUGCUACGGUGUGCCCGCGCGUGUGUGACUUUGUGCCUCGACGAGAGAAGAAACGUAUAUAUAAGGAGAGUGAGAUAGGUCGAGCUGCUGCUGCUCUAGGAGGCAACGUUCCUCUUCCUUUCUCUCUCUCUCUCUCUCUCUCUCGGGCGAUUGAAGAUCCUAUCUCGCGGCCUAGCAGAGAAGUGAGUGCGCCGAGUGCAACGGAGUAGUCGUGUGUGCUACUACUAUAGAUAUAUUGAACGUAUAAAUAGAACAAUAUAAACAAGCUCGCGGAAGCGCAAGAAAAAGGCUGCAGCAGCACAACACAGCAACAUGACAACGCCGGUGAAGAAAGUUCCGAUUCACCUGCAGAGCUCGCAGAACCGACUGCUGAUUAAAAAUGGCAAAGUCGUCAACGAGGAUGGGAUCUUUGACGCCGAUGUGUUCGUCGAGGACGGCGUUAUCAAGGAGCUGGGACGGAAUCUCAUAAUACCGGGCGGUACGCGCACCAUAGACGCGCGCGGCCGCUACAUCAUGCCCGGCGGCAUCGAUCCGCACACGCACUUCGAGCUGCAGAUGAUGGGCGCCAGGAGCGUCGACGACUUCUAUCAGGGCACGAAAGCCGCGCUGGCGGGCGGCACCACCAGCGUCAUCGACUUCGUCAUUCCGCAGCAGGACGAGGGCCUGCUCGAGGCCUACGAGAGGUACCGCAUGACCGCCGACGAGAAGGUCUGCUGCGAUUACGCGCUACACGUAGCCGUCACCAAGUGGGACGCCAAGACCCGCGAGGAAAUGGCAACUCUCGUGCAGGAGCACGGCGUCAACAGCUUCAAAUUUUUCAUGGCUUAUCGCGACGUCUUCAUGCUGAGAGAUCCGGAGCUGAUCGAGGCUUUCAAGGUCUGCAAGAGCCUCGGAGCCGUAGCAAUGGUGCACGCUGAGAACGGUGAUAUCAUUUACGAGAACACAAAGAAACUACUGGCAGCCGGCGUCACGGGCCCCGAGGGUCACGAGAUGUCACGGCCCGAAGAGGUCGAAGCGGAAGCCGUUAACCGCGCUUGCAUCAUCGCGAAUCAGGUAUCGUGCCCGCUGUACGUCGUGCACGUGAUGAGUCGCAGCGCCGCCGAUGCGCUCUCCGACGCUCGUGCUCGUGGCGUUUGCGUUUGGGGCGAGACCCUCGCCGCGGCCCUCGGUACCGACGGCACGACCUAUCAGCACAAAUGCUGGAGACACGCAGCUGGACACGUACUGAGUCCGCCGCUGAGGCCCGAUCCCGAUACGCCCGAAGCCCUCAUGAAGAAACUCGUUGUCGACGGACUGCAAGUGACCGGCAGCGAUAAUUGCACCUUCAACGCCGACCAGAAGGCCCUGGGCAAGGACGACUUCUCGAAGAUACCGAACGGCGUGAACGGCGUCGAGGAUCGCAUGUCCGUGGUCUGGGAGAAGGGCGUGCACGCCGGCCUGAUGGACCCGACGCGCUUCGUCGCUGUGACCAGCACCAACGCCGCGCGCAUCUUCAAUCUGUAUCCGCGCAAGGGCGUGGUGGCCGUCGGCUCGGACGCCGACAUCGUCGUCUGGGACCCGAGCCGCAAGAGAAUCAUCUCGGCAGAGACCCAUCAUCAGGCCGUCGAUUUCAAUAUCUUCGAGGGUAUGGAGGUCCACGGGGUGGCCGAGUACGUGAUCGUCGGCGGUCGCGUCUGCGUGGACGAGUGCCAGGUCAAGGCCGUCCACGGCUUUGGCAAGUACCUCGAGACUCUGCCCUAUCCGGCCUACGUGUACGACGCGGUCGAGGAGCACGAGAAGCAACCACGCGGCGUGGCGCGCAGCGAGGCCGACGCCAAGCGACAGCACGAGGAGGACCUGGCUCUGGCCAAGGCGCGCGAGGCCGCGAGAAUCGCCAAGGCCCAGGCUCAAGCUGCAGCCGCGGCCGCGAUGCAGAACAACUCCGCGCAUCCGCAUACCAAUGGCCACAACAACGGCAGCGAGAACAACGGGGACGCGCGACCCUUCAGCGCCACCUUCCCCACCUCGAACACCGCGCCGCCGAGCGUCAAGGGACCCAGACUCGAAGGACAGAGAAAUCUUCAGGAUUCCACGUUCUCCAUUAGCGAAGACUCCAAAGAACCUCAGCGAUUAUCGAUUCGCGUGAGAAAUCCUCCAGGUGGACGCAGCGCCGGAGGCUUCUGGUAAACAACAUCCAACUUCUCGCACAUGAUUCGGUGCUAAGUACGAAAAUCAAAAAGAAAAAAAAA